GGUGCGCAGGACGGUUCAGGCACCGAGUGAGUGUCGCUGAACCUGCUGGUGUGGGGCCUGUGUCAGGGCAGAGCAGCGCGGUGACAGUCUCAGGGAUCCUGCCGCUGCUGCGGCCGCCGCUUGUCCUGACAUCGUCCCCCGGCCCGGGGCCGCUCCCGGCCGCAGGAGAUCCCGGGGCACCGGCGCCGGCCCCAUGGCCGAGGUCGGAACUGUCCUCCCGCCCCGGGGAGCGGCCGGAGCGCGUAGAGCGCGGCACCGGAAGUGAGGAGACGACGCGACUGGCAGAGACUCUUGGAAAAAGAAGAGAAUGACCCGUUGGGCUCGUGCUAAUAACAUCCAUAAAAAGAAAGUCUCAGAAGCAACACCAUGGAGUCAGAUGAAACAGAAUGGUAGCCUAAGUAAGGCAAAAACAAACAACAAAAGCAUUAAAAAUCAGCUACCCAGGCACGGAAACAGGCCACAAAGUAAGGAAAGUGAAUGGUACCACAAGAAAAAAGAGUAUCAGAGCGAAGAUGUUAAUGGGUUCACCGACUACCUGAAAAAAACCGGUCAAGUUCUCCACAAAGGAAAAUUGGUGUCAGUGGAUAGUGAAGAGAUAAGUGGUGACACAGCACUGGCCCUGAAGAAGGACCAGAGAAGGGAGCAUAGAAGAUUGAAGAGGCAAGCACAGAAAAAAAAUGCCAUGAUAUGUUUCCACUGCAGAAAAGCAGGGCAUGGAAUGGAACAGUGCCCAGAAAUGGACAAAGAUGAAGAGAUGGGAAGCGGUAUCUGUUACCGGUGUGGUUCCACAGAGCAUGAGAUCCAGAAAUGCAGAGCAAAGGUUGACCCUGCACUAGGAGAAUUUCCAUUUGCUAAAUGUUUUAUUUGUGGUGAAACUGGACAUCUUUCAAGGUCCUGUCCAGACAACCCAAAGGGACUAUAUGCAAAUGGACGUUGUUGCAAGCUGUGUGGCUCGGUGGAGCACUUUCAGAAGGACUGCCCAGACCAUCAGAACAUGAGUGAUCGUGUUUUUACUGUUGGCCGAUGGACAGAAGGAAUGAGUGCUGAUUACGAAGAAAUCCUAGUCACUUCAGCUGCUCAUAAAACUAAACAUAAAGCUCCGAAGAUUGUCAAUUUUUAACCAGUACCUUCAAAAUUGUAAUUUAAUUGAUCUCCCUGCAAGUAACCCAAGUAAAGAAAUGUGAAUGUUACUUUAAGAUGGGAAGGAAUAAUCUACAGUUCAUCUAAUACCAGCAGAUGGAGCCAUUGUAUGUCAAAUCUAGGAUUAUUGCAGCUAAAACUGUUACUUGUACCUAACUCUGAUAAAUAAAUGAGGUUGCCAUGAGUUUAAUUUUCAAACAGAAAA